AUGCCUCCCAAGGGUAAGAAAGGUAACGCGAAUACUAACAAGAAAGAAGAGGAACGACAAGAUCCACUACAGGCCGUGCUCUUCUGCGAUGCCUAUGAGACACGCUUCAACCCUUUCACAAUCGAACAGCCACGAUGUCUACUCCCACUAGCAAAUACGCCCCUCAUCGAAUACACUCUAGAGUUUCUGGCUAGUGUUGGUGUCGAAGAAGUCUACCUCUACUGCGGCAACCACACAGACACCGUCGAGGAGUAUCUCCAGAAGUCAAAAUGGACCAGCAACACUUCGCCUUUCUAUCUCCAGGUGAUCCGCAGCAACUCGAGAUCCGUCGGCGACUGUAUGCGGGAUCUGAUGAGUAAGGACCUCAUCGUGGGCGACUUCAUAUCAAUAUAUGGCGAUGUUGUGGCGAACAUACCCCUCGAAUCAGCCCUGGCCGCACACCGUGCCCGCAGAGAAAAGGAUAAGAAAGCGAUCAUGACUAUGGUUUUGCGUGAAGCCGGCGAAGUCCAUCGCACGAAAGCACAACAUCUACAGCCGACCUUCGUUCUGGACUCGGUCACUGGGAGGUGUGUACACUAUGAACAGAUCCGUUAUGGCCAGAACGCUACACUCGAUAUCCCUGGCGAGGUCCUGACGGAUUGUACUGAACUGGAAAUCCGGGCUGAUCUGAUUGACUGCGGUAUCGACAUUUGCACACCCGAAGUGCUGGCACAAUACCAGGACAACUUCGAUUGGCAACUACCAAGAACUGGAUUCCUACGAGGUGUGCUGAAAGACUUUGAGACAUUCCAGCUUACGAUUCACACACACGUCGCAAGUGAAGGGUAUGCGGCUAGGGUCCGAAAUCUCCAAGCGUACAAUGCAAUCAGCAAGGAUGUCAUCUCGAGAUGGGCAUAUCCUAUAGCUCCGGACACGAACCUGGUUGCUGGCCAAAGCUUUCAGUUGUACAAGGGCAAUGUGUAUCGAGAAGAUGGUGUAGUGCUAUCGAGGUCCAGCGUCGUAGGGCCCAGAGCGGCUCUUGGGAAAGCCACGUCCGUUGGCGAGCACACCACAAUCACAAACAGUGUCAUCGGCAGAAGAUGUGUCAUCGGAAAGCGGGUCAAGAUUGAUGGGGCGUACAUUUGGGAUGAUGUGUACAUCGGCGACGACACAGUAAUUAAUACAGCAGUAAUCGCGAACGAGGUCUCGGUAGGCAAGAAGUGCAAUAUCGAGCCCGGGGCUCUUUUGUCCUACGGCGUCAAGAUUGCAGCUGGAAUCACAGUCACCGGAGAUCGGAGGGUCUCGAGGCUCAAACGUAAGCCCGGCCUCGGAAAGGACGACACCGUGCAAGCGCCAAAUGAUCCAGCGGUUGUUGGCGAGGAUGGAGUUGGCUACCACGUUGAGCUCGAUGAGGAUGAAGAAGAAGUUGCCAAAGCUCUGUUACUGGGACUGCAGAACAUGGAUCUGGCCGUCGACGACAUCUCCACGUUGGACUCCGAUGAAAAGGACGACGACGAAGGUUCUUCAUUGGGCCAUGUUCGCACCAACUCGCAAAGUCGUCGAAGCGAUAGUUUCGCCUCGGUCGACUCUGAUGGUAGUGGCAUGGGCAGCAAAGCUGCUGCGGACUUCAAUAGGGAAGCAGUCAACAGCCUCUUCGAUGACCUGCGGCUUGGCAGCUCGCCACAUACUAUGCAACUCGAGCUCAAGGCACUGAGAUUACAGAGCAAUGCGACAGACAAGCAGGUCCAGAAAGCGGUAGCCACAGCUUUCAGCAAGUGGGCUGCAAACCUUGUUGAGAGCGGCAAGUCACCCAAGGACGCCGUUGCAGCACUGAUACCAGGCUACAAUCAGCUCAUCUCAUCGUGUGUGAGUACAGAGGAGGAACAGGCAGAGUUCCUCCUGUUCUUGCAGACAGAUCUCACGCACCGCAACCAGGGAGAGAAGUUACUGCUGCAUUUGACGACGAUGAUGUCCACGCGCAAGAGGAAGCUAGACAUUACUAUCGCCGCCGAUACCCUCGCCGCCACCACCGCCACCCCGUCCACCAAGUCCGAGCCCCAGCGGAAGGCCAGCAAGACAUCGCACCACAAGGACAAGGAAGGCGUGCUUGUGGACGCCGCACUGCCGGCGACCCCACAGACACUCGCAUCCGAUAAGCAAAUGGACUCCGACGACGACUUCAACAGCAUCGCCUCCUCGCAGGACCUCGAGCUGAACGACGCCGACAGCAGCGUCGAUUUCGGUGCAGCAGACUCGGACAUCGACAUCGAGGACUUCCAGGACGACGAUGUUGCCUUUGACACCAAGGGCGCGGACUUGAAGCCGCAGAACCGCCAUUUCGAGGUCGACCAUACGGUCUACAGCCCGCAGGACAUCCAGGCGCAGCAAGACCGGCAGGUGGAAGAGGUCGCGAAUCUACUCGAGCAGCCACACGAAGCUACCGCAAUCUUGCUACGGUAUGGGAAAUGGAACAAAGAGCGUCUGAUCGAGCAGUACAUGGACAACCAAGAAGAAGUGCUUGACAAAGCCGGAUUGGGACAGGAGGUAAGGUCACAUCCACCACGGAUCGACACGAUUGAUGGCUUUGCCUGCGACAUCUGUUGUGAAGAUGAGUCGGGACUCGAGAGCUUCGCCAUGAGGUGUGGACAUCGCUUCUGCGUGAACUGCUAUCGACAGUACCUCACGCAGAAGAUUCGGGAAGAGGGCGAGGCGGCGCGGAUUAAGUGCCCUGGCGAUGGCUGCAGUAAUGUUGUGGAUGCCAAAUCGCUGGAGCUGUUGAUACCGUCCGACCUCACCGACCGCUACCACGAACUCCUCAUGCGGACCUACGUUGAUGACAAGGACAACCUGAAAUGGUGUCCGGCCCCAGAGUGCGUCUAUGCGAUCGAGUGUGGUGUGAAGAAGCGAGACCUGAAUAAGGUGGUGCCCACUGUGCACUGCGACUGCAAGCACGCUUUCUGCUUUGGCUGCACACUUGCGGAUCAUCAGCCAUGCCCUUGUGGACUAGUCAAGAAGUGGUUGAAGAAGUGCGAGGACGACAGCGAGACAGCGAACUGGAUAUCGGCGAACACCAAAGAAUGCCCCAAGUGUAACUCGACAAUCGAGAAGAAUGGCGGUUGCAACCACAUGACUUGUCGAAAGUGCCGAAACGAGUUCUGCUGGAUGUGCAUGGGCGUGUGGUCGGAGCAUGGGACAAGUUGGUACAACUGCAACAGGUUCGAAGAGAAGAGUGGACACGAUGCGAGAGAUGCUCAGGCUAGGAGCCGACAAUCUCUGGAGCGCUACCUCCAUUACUACAAUCGUUACGCGAACCACGAGCAGUCUGCCAAGCUCGACAAGGACAUCUACCACAAGACUGAGAAGAAGAUGCAGCUGCUCCAAAAUCAAUCAGGUCUGUCAUGGAUUGAGGUCCAGUACCUCGAAGAAGCGUCGAAAGCGCUUCAGGAGUGCCGACGAACCUUGAAAUGGACGUAUGCUUUUGCGUACUACUUGGCACGGAACAACCAGACGGAGAUCUUCGAGGACAACCAGAAGGACUUGGAAAUGGCAGUUGAGAACCUGUCGGAGAUGUUCGAGAAGCCGACUGAUGCUCUGGCGAGUCUCAAGGUGGACAUGAUGGACAAGACGUCUUACUGCAUGAAGCGUCGUAUUGUACUGUUGGACGACACAGCGGAGAACUUGAAGAAAGGCAACUGGGACUUCAAUGUCGACCUCGGCUAG